GAGACCGUCAGUGUGUCGAAGACUGCUGUGGAGCAAAGGUGUCUGCUCCUCAUCUCGGCGUUGGACUGACUCGACUGCACCUGUUACGUUUUCAAAUAGUGUGUGCUACUUAUGCUCAAGUAUUUUAAGGGCAUGUUACGCCGAGCGGUGGUCGUGGCCGCGGCGGCGCUGCUGCUCGCCGCGCCGCCCGCCGGGGCCUCUUGGCGCUUUGAGGACAGGUCGACUCGGCCUCCGGCGUCGGCCUCGUCCGUCGUCACGUCCAGCUCGACCAUCACUACCUCUUCUUCAACUUCUACUUCUGUUUCCACGCCUGAUGAAGUCCAGACUGCAGCAGAGACGAGGUCCAUCCCGCAGCUCGCCGUGAACGAAUCCGAACCACGAUUCAUUGGAAGUCUCAAGAAGAAGCUGUGCAGUGUUGGCCUCGGACUGAACUGUGAUAAGGAUUACAAACCAGCCACACACCACUACGGAAAGCCGGCUGAUAUCCACGAGGUACAGUACGUCCAGCCUGUUGAAAUUCGCCCCGUGGGGAAGCCCAUUCCUGCACUGCCUGCCUAUCAUGGUAGCGGUGGAGGAGGAAGCCAUGGGGGGGGAGGUGGCGGCUACGGGGGCGGAGGUCAAGGCGGAGGCCAUGGUGGAGGUCAUGGCGGAGGCCUUGGGGGAGGCCAUGGUGGGGGAGGUGGCGGCUACGGGGGCGGAGGCCAUGGUGGAGGCCAUGGUGGAGGCCAUGGCGGAGGCCAUGGUGGAGGUCAUGGCGGAGGCCAUGGCGGAGGCCAUGGUGGAGGCCAUGGUGGAGGUGGAUAUGCCCCAGCUUCUACUUCACACUAUGGCAGUUCCUCGGGGUAUCCAGCGGCGCAGGCUCCCUCCCACUAUGGUGCUCCUAAGGCCCCCUCGACCUCAUAUGGUGCCCCUCCUGCCCCAUCGACUUCAUACGGAGCACCCAAGGCUCCAUCAGUAUCGUAUGGGGCGCCCAAAGCUCCGUCGACAUCAUACGGAGCACCUAAGGCCCCUUCGACGUCUUAUGGUGCGCCCCAGGCUCCUGCUGCAUCAUAUGGUGCUCCUCCGGCCCCUUCGGCAUCGUACAGUGCUCCCCCAGCCCCUUCAGCAUCAUAUGGAGCUCCCGCAGCACCAUCCUAUGUAGCCCCCUCUCCGUCAUACAGCGCCCCGCCUGCUCCAUCGUACGCAGCUCCGUCGGUCGUGGGCGGAAAUCUGGAUUCAGGAAAUACCGGACAGACCGUUAAACACGUCCAUAUCCAUCAACAUGUAUACAAACUGGAUGGAGGCAACGGAGGCGGCUUUGGUGGCUUUGUAGGUGCUAGUGGAGGAGGAGGAGGAGGAGGAGGAGGAGGAGGAGGUUAUGGCAACAACUUCAUACCUGGAUCAGGCGCCGGGGGAGGAAUAGGAGGAGGAUAUGAUAGCAAUGUCCUCUCUGGAUCAGAUAACUCCUUCUCCUCUACGCCUUUUAGAAGAGACACUGUAAACAACAUCCUCGUUGAUCAAAAGGAAAUUGAAAAGAACGGCGGGUUUACACCUAGCUCAUUUCCUACGGCACUAGGCAGUGUAGUUGGAGCUCCACCCGGAGAAUACAACAUCGGGGUGGACGGCGUUGUCGAGCAGAUUGGCUUCGCUGAGUCUGUCCGGGACGUGAGGCCGCGGGAUCUCGGCUGCACCUGCGUUCCCAGAGAGCAGUGUCCGGUGGAUCAGAUCAUUUCUUCGCCUUUUGGCCGGGAGGAUCUCAGUAACAUUCAGGACCCCAGGAACUCCCCCUCUGCAGGCAGGGUUUACUCCAAUGCGUCAAAUGCCGCUCGACACAAGAGAGACACCCAGGAUUUUGAAGAUCAGAUUGCCGUGGCGACGCAGGAACAGGCAACACAGCAGACUAGAGAAUUAUUCUCAGAUCCAACCAAGAUUUUCGGAGACGAGAUCAUCGCCCUUCCUGACAACUCCCAACUGAACCCUCUCAACAUCGACCUCUCCCAACUUCGUCUCCCUCCUAACACUGCCUUCGAAACACUGGCCGCCGAUUUGGCCGUCCAGCAGCAGGGUGCUGCUCCCUUCAACUCAGCACCAUUUGCAUCUGGUCUGCCUGUGCGUGCUCCCACUCCCGUCCCGAUCGACGUCUCACCCGGUCGGGCGAGUAACACCUUCGACGGCAGCCAGAGUUUAGGAGUCAUACAGGACGUCACCAGUCAGUACCGCCAGGAAUUAAUCUCAAACCGGGAUUUCGCUUCCCCCGAAUGCGCCCUGUUCGAGGUGUGCUGCAACCCUGAGAUAUUCCAGGGGGCUUUCUCCUCCUCCUUCAACUCCUUCGCUAACCCGGGGACCUGCGGCUACAGGCUGACGGAGGGCAUCAACGGACGAAUCCGGCAGCCGCUGCAGAAGGAGGGAGACGCUGAAUUCGGCGAGUACCCCUGGCAAGCCGCAAUUCUGAAGAAGGAAGGGGUUGACAACGUGUAUGUGUGUGGAGGAACUCUUAUUGACGACCGACACGUGCUAACAGCUGCUCACUGUGUUAAAGGAUAUGAUGCCGUUGAACUGAGGGUGAGAGUCGGCGAGUGGGACGUGAACAGUGACACCGAGUUCUACGCCCACGUCGAGAGUGACGUCAAUGGUGUGUUUGUUAACCCUGAUUUCUAUUCGGGGAAUCUCAUCAAUGACAUCGCCGUCGUCAGGAUGACCGUCCCUGUUGACUUCGUUAAAAACCCCCACAUCUCGCCGGUGUGCCUUCCCGCUCGGAGCCAAGACUUCACAGGGCGCCGUUGCUGGAUCACAGGCUGGGGCAAGGACGGCUUCGGCGAGGAGGGCCAGUACCAGAGUAUUCUGAAGGAAACGGACCUGCUGGUGAUACCGCCCGGGGAGUGCCAAGCGAGGCUGCGGCAGACGAGGCUCGGGCCUUCGUACAGACUGCACCCCGGCAUGCUGUGCGCUGGAGGCGAGCUGGGCAAAGACGCGUGCAAGGGUGACGGCGGAGGCCCCCUGGCGUGCGAAGACCCGUCAGGCAGGUUCCAGUUAGCGGGCAUCGUCUCCUGGGGAAUCGGGUGCGGCCAAGCGGGGAUCCCUGGUGUUUACGUCAACGUGGCCUACUACUUAGACUGGAUAGCACAGAUUACGCGGUUUUAAGUCGAAAUCGGUUGUCUGUUUUCCUUCGUGGGUUGUAGAGAAGGACGCGAGAGAAGGAGAAGAUUAGACGAAGGAGAUGGAAGAGAGAAAUAGAAAAUGUCUUGUGCGUGGAAUGAAGUAGACGAGAAGAUGAAGAAGGUGGACGAAAAAUGUAAAAGAGAGAGAAUAGAAAUGAAAAACUACAAAUUAGUUGUGUUUUGGAGAAUAGCGGUUCAUCUGCGCUGGAAGGGAAAUGCACAGACGUUAAUUUAAUGUCAUAAGUAGUUCGUCUCAGUUAGAUUUCAUUUCAGUAUGUCACUUAACUCUUGUUUUUUUUUUUUUUUUUUUUUUUACACGUCACAACAUUUGUUU